AUGUUUUCACCACCCACUACAACAACGACAUUUAGCAGUACGUGGUCAACCGCAACAGCCGAUCAAUCAAGUUUCUCUGAAGAUACCAACUAUAGUGAUGAUCAUCAUGCACAGACGACAUGUUUAAAUUCUGCGUACUUUAUGAAACAAGCAUCAAAUCCGAAAUUAAAACAACAACAGAAUACCUUGCAAUUUGAUAUUCUAGUAUUGAGUGGAGAACAAGGUGGUGUUGGACAAAGUAGUCUCAUUUAUCGAUUUGUCACUUCCGAAUACAAGGAACAUCUUUCGCAUUGCUCUUCAACUAUUUAUACCAAAGAAAUUCAAUUAAAUGUAAAUAAUAACAGUAACUCACCAAUCAACAUUCUCGAGGAUGUGACAAGUCAUCAACCACUACCAUCAACCACGAGCAUGAUCGCCACUGAUGAAAAUAAUUGUUCGGAAAUUAUGACAUUCCAAGACAAAUCUCAAAACCAUGAAAUUGCUGCCAAAGUUGAAGAAACGUCAAACGCUCCAAAAACUCAUCCCAUUAAUGUUAUUCUGAACAUUGAAGAUUACAUUCCUCGUUACAUUACUGAUCUUGAAAAUACUGAUGAUCGACAAUCCGACUGUGAUGCCCAAUUUGAUGAAACGUAUUUUGUCGAAUGUCAAAAGCGUCAAGAACGGCACUAUUCGAAAAUGGAUGCUUUUAUCAUUUGUUUUGAUGCACAACAAGAGGAUUUCAUAGAUUUUGUAUAUAACGAAUUGAAUACUAUUAAGAAAGCUUGUGGAGGAGAAGAUUCUUCUCUCUAUCAAUCGAAGGUCAUUGUUUUAGCCUUAACCAAACAAGACGAUACCACUUCAGCGAUCACUGAAAUUGCCAAUACUACUACUACAACCAUAGCCUCUUCGUUAACCUCUCCCUUAUUCCACUCGAACCUACAGCAGCAAACACUGGAUGAUAGUGUGGGAGUGAGGAAUGAAACAAGGAACUCCUCAUUGGCCAAUGACUCGUUACGAACCUCCUCCUCUCAACCACUCAUUCAAUUACUGGUUUCAGAUACUCAUUUACCUCUCUUCAGAGUGAGUGCAAAAGAUAAUAUCAACGUAACGGAAUUAUUCAAUCAUGUGGCUCGACAAGUCUUUGAAUUCAAAUGGAAGCACCAAUUAAUACCAACAUCCUUCUUCUCGAAUGAAAAGGAAGAAAACGAGGAUGUUCAAGACAUUGAUCAUCCACAAGAUCAGACUCCUCCGUUCAUGCUCCCUUUCAAACCCAACAUGAUGAGCACGAGUAAUGCUAUGGCCUCUGCAAGUGCCCGAACUGUUCCUCCCAAUUAUCAACAGCAAGAUGGGGACCGAGAGGAUUCUCUUCAUGUUGACACUCAUUCAUUACGUAAACGAAGGCACAGCUAUGAUCAAAGUAUUCAUAAAACCAAGUGCCUUCUCCAAUAA